ACUUGCAAAAAAAUAUACGAAAUGUCCAAUUUACUGUAUUGGCGGUUUUCACGAUCCCUAUACACGUAUUUGUCCAUCAGGUACGCUGGCCACCGCCCAUUGGCUCCGAUGAUCCGACACUUUCAUGAUGAUGACUCUGGGCACAAAGACACCAAGAGGAAUAUGCGACCGCGAGUAGCGAACAAGGAUGAAAAAAUUCCCUCUGACCUAAAACUCGUAGAUUCCAAGACCAAACAUAAGAUAUCUACGGGAACUGCACCCAAGCUAUCCAUUGAACAGGAAAUGAAGGCACUGGGCCACGUUGUUGGCAGCAAGCAGCAGCAGCAGAAUAGUAAAGAUACCAUCAAUCUUAAGAGCCAUGUUCACGCGAAUCCAACGCCUAAAUCGACGGACGCUAAGAGUUCAUCGAAAUCUAGCCAAACAGUUGGGGAUCAAUCUAAAGACACAGCUGUUGAGUGUCAGUCGAAUGCGAGUGCCGUGGAAAGCAGGGUUAGGGCAUUUGUUGAUUCAAUUGAAAGUAGGAAAGCUUCAAGGACUACUGAAAAGCAAGAUAAAUCUCCAAGUCCCGUAACAACCACCGCCAAUAGAAACGCUGUGACUAAGCUAACAGAUAAAUGCUCUCAAGCUUCGCAGACCGAAUCACAAAAAGUUUCAAGCAAAGAGGGUAGUAAAACAGAUUUAAAAACUAGGUCCUCAUCCCAGACAGGAGUCGGUAGCACCAAUCUCUUUGACGGGAAACCAGAAUCGUCCCAAACGAAAAUGUCGCAAAAACGUUCAGAAUCUGCAGGGAAUCUAGCAGAUAAAAACGUGGGCUUUAAAAGUGACCCCCAAAUUCCAUGGGAGGGAAUGUUUGGAGAGCAUUUCAAGACUAGUCCUAAGGGGUCCAUAGAAGGAGGAUCGAAAGCAGUUGGUUCUAAGGAAGAAAGGUCUCAGUCGUUGCACGUGGUUAGCUCUAAAGAUCAAAAUAAAAUAAAUGAUAAGUUAUCUCAAGUGGAAGCGAAACCAGAGACUACGAAAAUUAAAAGCCAAUCUGCAGGUGAUAGAAAUUUACAGCAGAAUAUUAACAAGACCAAACCAGAGCCAAAUCAAUCUCUAACUAAGGGUGCGAGGAGCAAUAGCCUAGGCUGUGCAGUACAAAAUUCACCCAAAACGGAAGCUCCUAGUACCGAAAUCAAAAACAAAACUAUACUAAAUCCAUGGAAAACGGAAACCUCCAGCAGCAAUAACAUAGAUAAAGCUAAUUCAAAUCAAGCUCAAACAAAAGACCCGAGAUGCAAUAGCGUCGGCAAAACGGGAGCUGAAUUAGCUAUGGAAGGCAACUCGGCUUUGAAAUCUGCGAUUCCUCAGAAGGAGAAAUCCAAUAUCUGCUUCAAAUUUGAGCACAAGGUUUCUAAGCCCGUUCAGAGUCAGACAGAAAUCAAAACUGCAGUAAUUAAAGAUGACGCAGCAUUAAAGGACGUACUUAAGGGUUCGAAUAAGCAUGACGAAUGGAUUGCUAAGAUUCUUUCCCCUCCAAACAAAGGUUAUGAAUCCUCGAAGAUCAAAUCGAAUACCGCCCAUAAAAUUGAGGAUGGGUUUUCUAAGGCCAUGCCCCAUCAGAACAAGUCGGACAACAAAUUUGCACCGAGCAAAACGGAUGAAGCUUCAAGGGACAAAUCUAAAAUCCAGUCAGACAUCAAACCCACAGGAGCUGAGUCUGAAAAGGCCUCAAAAGAUAACUAUAGCAGCACUUUUAAUGUCGACGAUGGAUUUUCCAAAGCUAAUCCAUAUCAAAAGCAGCCCGACAACAAAUCUGCACUUAACAAACCAAGCUCCAAAUUUGAUGAGGCAACUCAAAAUAAAUCAAAUUCCAUCUACUAUGUGAAGAGCUGGAAUUCUGAACUAAAACAAUCACAGAACGAGUUGAUCAAGAAAUCCGGUGUAAUGAAACCCGAUGAGGCCUCAAGAGACAAACCUAAUAGCUUCAACAAAGAUGGAGAAAGGUUUCACAAAUCAAAGCCCUCUCAGAGUCAGUUCGACAAUAAACUCUCGGCGGACAAAUUGGAUGAGAUGCCGAUGAACAAAUCAAAUAUUAUUUAUAAAGUCACAGAUUUGUCUUCUGAAGCCCUGCCAAACCAGUCAACCAACAAACAUGGAGCUAACAAAAUGGAUGAGGCUUCCAAUAAGAACCUCUCUACCCCUAAAGAAACCAGUAACGAUUUGCUGGAGUCGUUCAGUGUCGUAAGAUCUGCGUCCACUUCUGAUAGAAAAUUCUCCGGUGAUAUAGUCAAGGUUGAAAAAAUCGAGUUGCUCCCGGAGAACACUGUGGAGGAAAAAGCCUUCACGACACCAUCAAAACGGGCUAAUAUUCAGGAUGGAUUCAACUCAGAUUUGAAGUAUCGGUCCAGUAUCGAAAAAGCCAAUUCCUAUGACAGGAAAGCAGAAAUUCAGCAAUCUGCCAGGCCGCAGUAUGGUCUGAAAUCUGCGGAGAAAACAAAGUCAACUGCGUUUGGUUCUAGUCAAAAAUCGAAUAGGGGCACGAUUGGUUCGCUUUUGCAAGCUGUUCGCCAGAAUCCAAAUAGGCAAGAAAAGGCAGCAAAAGGUCAUCAAGAAGAGGUCGUAAAUAUACUAAAGGAAAAGAUCAAGGAAGACGAAAAAAAAGCAGAGUUCCUUGAAAUUAUAGCUGACGAGCUGCGAUCUAGACGUGCGAUCGACACCACCCCAGUGAAUGAUAAUAAAAUGAAUCCAAUGAAGAGUGGAGAUGCGCCUACCACAGCUCGCACAGAAGGAACUAGCGGUGCCAUGUCAAAGGAUAAGCCUAGUUCUAAUCAUGAUCGUGAGCUUACUGCAACUAUUGCAGCAGCAAUCGUUAAGGGCAUAUCAGAGAGUUCUGCAACAUCUAAGGAGAGUGAUACAAUUGCAGGUAAAAGUAUGCCAAUAGUAUCGCUUCAAGAGCUGAGGGCUUCUGGACAACGUGAUAGUCAUUUAACGUCCACAUCGUUGGGUAAUUCUAAUUCAGGCAAAACUAUGACAUCUUAUGGCAAAACAGAGCUCAUUGGCACUGACGAGAGCCGGAUUGGUGGCAAGCGUGAGACGAAUGUAGUUAAUGCAGAGCCCGAUUCAAAGAAAAUGGAUAAGAAAUUCCGCACCGAUCUAAUUGUGGAUAAAGGUAGCGAUAAUCAAAUUUCUAAGGACAUCACAUGCAAUGUGAGAGACAAAUCGACUGAAAAGACACAUAAAAUCAAGGCUGAAGAUAUAACACCAGGUGUUCUUUACAAUUCCACAACAGAGGGUGAGAAUCGCGACUUCCCAACAAACAUAAAUAUUGAAGACGAUGAUGAAACGUUAAGAUUUAAGGCCGAACAAUUUUUAAAAGAAAGCGAAGCAAGACAGAUUCUAGAGAAAACUAAACAUAUAAAUAUCGAGAAACUAGAUGUCGAUAAGCUAGAUGUCGAAAAGCGAGCUGUCGCUCAACUAGAUGCCGCUAAACUAGAUGCCAAUAAGCAAGAUUUCGCUAAAGUAGAUGUCGCUAAACCAGAUGUCGCUAAAUUAGAUGUCGAUAAACUAGAUGUCGAUGAACUAGAUGUCUCUGCACAGCAAAAACCAAAGCCAAAGUUGACGAUCUCCCAAUAUCUCUAUGAAAUGUUUAUGGGCAAACGGAAGAACAAUAAUGAAAGUGGUCGCAGAAACAUCACCACGUACUCGGCGGUUCAUAAUCGAAACUCAAGACUAGAUAAUCAUACUGAAAGUAAAAGCAAAAAAUCUGUUACACCAUAUGCUAGUAAAAAGACAGCAGAAACUUUUAUAUCACCGGAUCUGGCAAAACGACAGCUAGGUAAAGAAGCUAUACUUAAAGGGCGAAGAAGUAAAUCCCAAGAAAGUAGACACGGUGUGUAUGACAGGGAAUCACGUCAGCGUUUCGAUCAAUUUGAAGUGUCCUGUUCAAAGCAGCUGGUUCUGUCCCAAUCAGCUUGCAUGCCUGGCAUAUCACACCAAAAACAGACACUGAUUCCAACCCUAAAUGAUAAUGUUAUUUUACGUAUGCAAAAAACAGAAUCAGAGGAGAAUUUGGUUAAUUUUACCGAUGACAUUAAUAGCACAAAAAUUCUUGGUGGCACUCCGUACAAAUGCGAAGACAAAAGUCUACGAGCAAAGCUUAAAAAUAAAAAGGAUAAAAGCGAAAUUGUGAUUAAAGGUGGAUCCAAGAAGUGCUUGGAGAAAGAGAAGGAUGUGAAGGAAGCCGAAGACGACGGAGAAUGUGGCAAGCGAAGUUUCGGCGCGUUGGGUCGGCAAUUAUUCCAUAACUUGCUAAUAUAUAUUUCCAGAAUCGAAAAGAAACACUAAGCCGGCGGCAACAAAUUUACAAAACGCUCAACAAUUGGAAGCAGGCCUGGAAGAGUUCAAUCCGCUAAGCAAUAUAAAACAUUUUGAGACAAAUUUCACGUUUAUCAAAUUUUAGAUAUUUGUGAAGAAUAAUAAAAAGUUAAAAGUUGGAACAAUUUUAUUUCGCCUUGAAGUA